AUUAUUUUCAUUUUGAUAUUGAAAACCCUUAAACUUUGAUCGGGACUAUACUAAAUUCAAAGCUGGAUAAAUCAAAUUUACAAAUAAUAAAUCAAACAGCAAAAUGAAGGAUUUUUAAUACUCAUCUUAUCGCUCCAAAACUUUUUUACCUUUAACCUUUAUUUAACACGUGUGACACGGAUAAAAUUUUCGACUUUAAUGCAGCAGUUAUAAACAGGAAGAGUGAAUAUUAAAAAUAAACAAUGACAAAUCUGAAGAAAAAAUGUAAUAAUAUAAUAUUCUCUAACCGUCAUUGGAAAUUUACCAAAACUUUGGGUGUUUUGGGAUUUGCCAGCCUAUUCUGUGUUUUUGGAUUAAUUUACCGAUAUAGCAGACUAAUGUUAAAACAGGAUUUCGACGAUGGAGUAACACAGAUGGCGCCAGGAAUUCGACGAUAUAUUGAUCAAAUAUCUUCAAUACAAGAUAAUUCGCAAGAUAAGGUACAGACAAAGAAUAGCCGUGUGCUUUGUUUAAUAUUGACGUCAUACAUCACGUUCAGGUCACGUGUUCCUGCUGUAAAUGCAACAUGGGCCAGGCGAUGUGACAAACAGUUUUAUGUGCUCAAAACAGAAAAGAAAGCUCCUGAUAUUAUCAACUCCCCUUUUGAGGAAACCAGAAACAAUAUAGUGCAUAAAAUAAAAUUUGCUUUAAGUUACAUUUACGAAAACCACAUUGACGAUUUUGAUUGGCUUAUUAAAGCUGACGACGAUACGUACGUCAUUAUGGAAAAUUUGAAAUUUUUGGUACAAAAUCUAGAUGGUCAAAAGCCAGCAUAUCUUGGCUUCCAUUUUGACAAAUUCGUACAGAAUGGAUAUAUGAGUGGUGGUGCAGGUUACGUCAUCAGUAAUCGUGCUCUUCGUAAUUUGGUGCAGCUCGGAUUUUAUCCGGAAAAAUGUCCGGUUAUUCCUAAUAAGGAAGAUCCUGAAAAUAGCGAAGAUAUAGAGAUAGGCAGGUGUCUGAACAAAACAGGGGUGCCUGUAAUAAACUCUCUCGAUGAAGAAGGGAAAGAAAGAUUUCAUCCAUAUCCUACUCAAAAACAUUUGUUUGGUUCUAUUCCUAGAUUUGUAUUCGAAUGGGCGAAAAAUCCGCACAAUGAGGGUAUGGCCUGCUGUAGUAAGUACUCUAUCAGCUUUCACUACAUGGAUCCGGCCUCCAUGCUGUUAGUUGAUCACCUUCUAUACAGAACUUCCGUAGCCGGGUUAGACAGGGUGAAUUCAAAGAUUACAUGAUGAUCUUGCCAAAGAAAUAGCUUCUUACUUACAUUUAAUUACGUUUUGAUGUGUGCAUGUCAUGUGUCAGUCAUAGAUAUCUGCUUUUGGAAACUAUGACGUCAUGACCCUACAUGGUCAAAUAGGUGAUACUAAUAAGAGAGCCAACGAUUGCGAUAUUCGCUAAAUGAGAAAGACGUGAACCAUAUUUUUUCUCGAAAAGGGAAUUGUUUGUGAAAUUAUAUGCAGCGGAAAGAAUGCCUAGAUUUAUGUACCAAUGCAUAACUUGCCGUAAGUUUGCGAUUGGCUGUUGAAAUAAAAUUGUCGACGGAAUAUGAAGUCAUCAUCCAUGACUGUAACGACCACACCAGUGCCAUCCAUUUAUUAUUUCUAAACUAUUUAAAUUGUGUUGUUAAUGGCAAUGAUGAUAAAAUAUGAUCUUUUGCAAUCAGAAUUUGGAUUCCUAAAAUGGAUUCAACUAUAGCCCAAAACACAUGAAAACCAAAUCCUACAAUUAACUGACAAAACAUUUAUUAUAUACUUGUGUGUAACAUAAAAACAGGAGUCUUAAAGACCAUCAUGAAUACAUUGUUGCAUAGUUUAAAAUGGUGUAGGUCUAUAUCAAUUAUACCAUUUUUAAAGAUAACAAAGUUCAUUGCAUCACAUGAGUGAGAAGUUGAUAUUGAAAACCUCGCGACAUAUGUUUGUUAAUUUUACAAUAUUUUAACGACAUUUUAACAUUCCGUCCACAAGCAAAGUCAUUACUUUAUGUCUAUAAAAUGUGAGUGCAGCUGCUGUAUAGAAAAGAUAAUGCUGAAAUCCAAAAAUUAACAAAUACAGGUUUUCCUUUUUAGCUCGACUUUUUUUAGGUACAUGUGUAUUG